AUGCAGGGCACUUACUCUAUGAAAUCAGAUGUCUAUAGCUUUCGAGUUUUAGUACUUGAGAUUGUGAGUGGUCGAAAAAACAAUAGGUUCCAAAAUGAAGAAGGUCCUCUCAAUCUAGUAGAAUUUGCUUGGGAACUUUGGAGUAACAAUGCUGUAAUCAAGGUCAUGGAUCCGAUGUUGAAAAAUUCAUGCAACUGUACAGAUCAAUUGAAAAGAUGCAUUCAUAUUGGUCUUUUAUGCGUGGAAAAUCGCGCAACUGAUCGCCCUGAAAUUGAGGAUGUUAUAUCCAUGUUAAAAAAUGAAAUGAUGCAUUUACCAAUGCCAAACUAUCCAGCAUUUGUCACCAGAAAUAGUACAGUCUAUGAACUUGAGAAUGGCAAUUUUGAAAAGUUUUCAGCUAAUGAACUCUAA